GCUUGUGCGCUCUGCUGCCGCCCCUGCUGCUGCUGGCGGUGGUCGUCGGCACGGCGGCGGCUCGGGGCGGUGAUGUCGGCAGGACCCGCUCACCGCCGGUUUUAGACCGGUGAGGCUGACGGAGUCGCAGUUUAUCGUGCAGAAGCCUUACGACGUGACCCUCGGGGACCGCUACGAGCACACCGGCGACGUGCGGCGGAUGUGGGUCUUCUCCACGGACAAGUCCAUCCGCAGAAACCACCCUGGCGGGGCCCGCACCGAGACCAAGAUCAAUGUGGUGUACAGGUCAGGGGUGUGGCAGUUCACCGGCGAGGUGUACGUGCCGACAGGGACAUCCGGCGCGUCCAUCAUGCAGAUAUUCGGGGCGAAGCCGGAGCGGCAGGCGACGACGCUGAUGCUGCACGUGUACGAUGGCCAACUAACCUUCUACCACGACCUGCGGAGGGUGCUCGCCGAUGACAUCUACGACCGGUGGGUCCGGCUCAACGUGGUCCAUGACAUUGCCGCCCGCAAGGUCACCGUGUUUGUCGAUGGCACCGAGAGGCUUCAGUCGCCAGGCCAUGGGUCGCAGGACGCCCCGCACUACUUUAAGUUCGGAGUGUACAAGCAGUCGCACCACCAACCGUCGCACCGCAUGGAAUCUCGGUGGAGGAACGUCCAAGUCUUCACCAAACCAUGAAGAAGAAGACGGCAGAAGCGAUAUGAUGGUACAUUUAAAAAUAUGUUACGUAGUAGUUUGAACCGUAUUCGUCGAGGGUAAUUAUUCGCGACUCAAUCUUAACUAAAUAUGUAUGAGCUUUUUGUACAUUUGCGCCCGUUUAAUUAGUAGUCUUAUGUUUGGGCUAGUCAUGA